UCCACCCCCAAUAUUCUCUCCAGACUACGCCUUCACGAUGGGUAAAACAUUCCCCUUACUGCAGCUUCCUCUAGAGCUGCGUGAGCAGAUUUACGCUCACUAUUUCGACCCCACGACUCAUCUAGACACCGGCGGAUGCGACGGCGGUGGAAGAUACGACUUCGACUUCGCGCUGUAUAGAGCGAGCAAGCAGAUCUAUCUUGAGGCGCAGACGAUGUUCCGCAGGGAAAAUGUUUUCGUAAGGAUUGAGACGCCGUGGCCGACUGCAGUUUUAGUCCAACACAUCUCCCUCGAGGGCGGCGUCCCCAUCGUCGCUUCUAGCCACCGCGCCGAGCUCUUCCGGCACCACCACGCAACAAUCAGCAUAUCCUCCCCCCGCCACGGCGCCAUCCCCGAACACAUUAUCAUCUUACACCUGAACGACCUUCCGCUCUUCACACAAGUAUGGUACUACUCGAGCCUGUCCUUCCCCGAGCUCAAUGCACAGCUGUGCACGGGCUUCGCGCUACGAGAUCCUUAUUACCCCGCGGAUCCGAAACCGAUACCGGUAGCUCUGCAGAGGAGGAUUUUGGAGGGAUUUGAUAGAGUGAAGGGGUUGUAUGAUACGGAGUUUGACGGGUUUGAUGAGAGGCUGGUGGAGGAGUUGAGGGGGAGGAUGGCGGUUCCGCAUCCGAGUGUAAGGGAGUGCUGUGAGAAGAGCACGGAUUUGAUGAUAGAGGGGGACAGGACUCUCACAGAGGGAAAGGUGGAAGAGGCGUUGCGGCUUUACGUUAAAUCCUUCCACGCUAUUCAUAUCAUUAUCGAAGGCCGUACACGGAGCGUCCUAGCCGAUAGUUUCUUCCACGAGGGCAUCGAGUCCGGACGCUACUCUGGCCAGACAGGAACCACGGUCCGCAUCAUCCUACGCAUCCGUCUCGUAGCGCGCACCAUUGCUGCCUACCUCAAGCUCCAGGACUGGACUGAAGCAGCGUUCUGGGGUAUGCGUAGCAUCCGCAUCAUGCGGGAAGCCAUGGACACAGAAUUCGAAGACUUCAUCUCCGAGUUCGUCGGUUCUGCGGACGUUGGGCUUAUCUACCUACGAACUGCUAUUGCGUUUAAGAAGAUAGAAGAGGCGCAGGAGAAGCAGCAGGACGAGAGAGUGCGCGAUGAGAUGCUGGAGUAUGCAUCCACCGAUUUUGCAAGUAGUGAACGACUAUUUGGGCUAGCGGCGAAAUAUCUUAAGAAGCAAGAGCAGAAGGGGAUUAGGAAGGAGAUCGAGGCGUAUGGGGUGAGGGUGCCAGAGGGCCUGUUUGGUACGGGGGACGACAGGAGUGAGGUGGAUAGUUUGGCACAUUUGAACUUGGGGCAAGCAGAGAACGAGGCUGACGAGCGUGCGGCAUAGACGCCGAACAUCACGGAUUGUGAUGUUGACCAGCGUUGGGGGUUUGUGCUGGCACUUUGCACUUUUAGCUGUAUCCGUAUCAGACUCAUUGGGCUAACUCACUCUAUUGCCGAAUACAGUACCUUUU